CAGAGCCGGAUCAAUGACUGCAUGCGGCAGAUGGCGUCCUUGUUGUAUCAGAUCAAAGGGCCUCUCAACGCCAACACCAAAAACCAGGUGGAAGCCGACUCGGACAACAUGCUGCGACCGCUUAUGGAUUUUCUGGAUGGAAAAUUAACUCUAUUCGCCACUGUCUGCGAGAAGACCGUACUGAAGCGCGUCCUGAAAGAGCUGUGGAGGAUAGUAAUGACUAGCCUGGAGAAGACGAUCGUCCUGCCACAGGGAAAUGACACCUUUGGAGCACAGAUACUGUCCGCUGCAAAAGACCUGGGACAGCUCUCCAAACUAAAGGAUCACAUGGCGGGAGAGGCUAAAAGUCUGACACCCAGACAAUGUGCUGUCAUGGAUGUGGCCUUAGACACUAUCAAGGUGAGCUUACAUUGCUGCACGGUAUGUAUGGAAAAAAAACAUCAACAUGCGGGAAUACGUCAUGGUGGGAGCAUUUAUACCCUUUAUACUUCUGUGUUUCAAGUGGUUCUGCUAUAAAGAUGAACAACAUGCACUUUAAAAAAUUGAAGCCACUCCGAUAAAAUGUUUUUUUUUUGUUUUUCUUUUACCUUUUUAACAUUUUCCUUUGGCUUUUUUCUCAUGGUGGAGUAAACAUAUAAAAAUUGAAUUUUUUAGUAUUUCUUUAUUCAAAUUGUUGUGAAAUAGAGGCAGACGAAAUACUGGAAACGCUUGUAAGUGUGGCAUAGACGCUCCCUGCUCCGCUCCAUC